CAUGACAACUUAGAGGUUACACUUACGCAAGUGACAACAAACUGAUGUCGGUUGUCGCCCCAUACAUGAAAUUAACAAGAAAUCGCUCAAAAAGCUAAGUAAACUUCGAGUGAUAUGAGACAGAAUGGACAAUUAUUACGAAAUACUCGGCUGCAGGCCUGAAGCCAAGCUCGAGGAGUUGAAAGAGUCUUACCACAAGCUUCUCCUGGAAUACCACCCUGAUAAAAGGACUUCGUCGUCCGAAUAUUUCCAUAAAAUCAACGAAGCCUGGACCACUUUGAGAGACCCGAAGGAGAGAAAGUUAUACGACGAGAUCCUGAGGCAGAAAGAACUGGAAGAGCAGACAUUCCUCUACGGAAACUAUUCCCUUCGAGAGAUGACACAUGAACCUACAACAGGGAUGUACUCAUUUCCUUGCAGGUGUGGUGGAAUGUACAAUUUUACCAAAAAGGACUUUGAAGAGUUCAAUUCCUACUUAGUUGGCUGUGAUCAGUGUUCAUUAAUGAUUUCUGUUGAUUUGCAAACUUAAAUCUUAUUUUUUUUAUAUAAUUAUUAAUUAUAGUUAAUUUUAUUAUUAUCUUAUUUAUACUUUUUUUUUUCUGUUAUAUGCUUUCUAGUUAGGAUUUAUCAACAGUUCACUCUCGUACCAUACAAGAAAUGUGUCCAAAUUAAUUACAAAUUAUCAUUAAAUUAUUAUUUUUCUUCAAAUUUUAGUAGAUUGGAUAAUUGACCAGGUAAAUAAGACAUGUGAAUUUGUGAAAGGACUCUCCCUAUUAGCAAAGCAUAUUUAUUGGGUAAUAAAACAAAUUAUUAAAAAUCAAGCUUUAUUUUAAUUUUUAUUAUUAGUUAUGGGUAGGUUUUUUUAUUAAAUAAGAAGUUUACUUUUUUUAGCCACUAAAAGUAUGAACAUUUAGUUAUAUUAAAUGUGCAUAAUAAUAAUUUAAUUUGUUAUUUAAACAUCAUAAAGUUAUCGCCCAAGAAAGACAAUUUGAAACUUUUAAUAAAAUGCUAUAUUAUGUAUUGUAAUUAUUUACAAUUGUAAUAUUAUUAAUAAAUUAAAAAAUAGUUUGCUGCUGUCUUACAAUUGGUCUGUAAGUAAUUUA